AUGGCCGCCCUGCACGACUUCAAGGAGAUGAGCAUGGUGUUGAGGGCGCUCUCCGAGUGGAGGAGCGGCCAGGACACGGCGGGAGACGCGCGGGACGACCAAGGGGUAAGGCUGGAGGAAGAGCUCAAGGGGGAGGAGGAGUUCGAGGAAGAGCUCAAGGGGGAGGAGUUCGAGGAAGAGCUCAAGGGGGAGGAGUUCGAGGAAGAGCUCAAGGGGGAGGAGGAGUUCGAGGAAGAGCUCAAGGGGGAGGUGGAGUUCGAGGAAGAGCUCAAGGGGGAGGAGGAGCCCGGGGAAGAGCUCAAGGGGAAGGAGGAGCCCGGGGAACAGCUCAAGGAGGAGGUGGAGUUCGAGGAAGAGCUCAAGGAGGAGCCCGAGGAAGAGCAGGACCAGGAGGAAGCCAAAGGAGAAGAGGCGCAGAAAGUAAUUUGGGCAGAAGCCGGACCCGAGUGCGAGGAGGAUGUUCCCGACCAUAAGGGAACGACGGGACGGCAGUUGAGGAAAGAUGGUAUUGACGCUCUUUGUGCGGCGUUUGUUCGAGAAAGGAAGAUGGUCAAGAGGAAAGGAGGAACCAUCAGGAAGACGUCGGCGACCCUCCACGGCGUCCAGGUCGAGAGGAUUUCCCCUCAGAAAAGACGCUCGCCCUCGCAGCUCUACGGGGAGAAGGACAGAGAAAUAACGUCCAUUAAACUUGUCUUUGAGAGAAACAAAUGCACUCUCUACAAACUAGAAGCAGGAUUUUCAACCAAACUGGGAGGUUUCCGCGCUGACCACUUCACCAUCCUCAAGAACGGCUUCAAGAUGACCUUGGACACCGAAAUGACCCCGGAUAGCGUCGACAGGAGCGAGCGACCCGAAGAGGAGGCCGAAGAGGCGUCGGUGGUGAUUGUGACCCUUCCGCAGGAGCACCAGAAGGAGUAGAGGAACUUCGUGUCUAAGAUGUUCAAGUAAUUCGCUGAAAUUCUCACCUGAGGUUCUUCCGAAUCGUAUUUUUGUCACUCUGCUAGCACGGCUUUAUAUAAAUCAACCAUGUAUUUUAUUGUAUAAUGUAUUACUGUCCGUUGGCUGGAUUACCAUAUGAUUCUUAUUCUGCUUUAUAACAUUUUUCUUUAGUGUAUUGUAUAUUUUGUAUCCACUGUACAUUUUCUACAAAUAAAAUGA